AUGACUAGUAUAGAUUUGGUAGAUACUGGAAACAAUAUUCCUAAUUAUUGUUGUGAAUCACAAGAAGUUUCAGAAUCUGUAAAAAAUUCAGCUACUAAUGCGGUAUUUAAACUUUAUCAAUAUAUAUUUCAUGUUAGCUCUAAAUUUUCUGAUAUUCCUUUUUAUCCUUUUAAAAUUGAUUAUGAUAAACAUCAAAUUUGGAUUCAUAGUCUUGGAACUUCAGAAGAUUCUAACUUUCUUGGAGCUGGACUGGGUUAUUCAUCUUCAUUUCUUUAUUUUUAUACAAAAAACAAAAAAAAGCAACGAGUUUUAAUUUGGCAAACUAUUGAUAAAGAUAGUUGUCAUAUAGAGAUUUAUUGUGGUAAUGAACUAUUGGGUGAAUUUCAUAAUAAAACUCCUAGCACGGUCUGGAAAAAUGCCAAUUUUUUAACUAAUGCAGAUGGGAUCGAGCUUUUUGGACUAAGAAAUAAUAUUACUCAAGAUCAAUUAAAUAACAUGCACAACUUAAAGUGUUUACCCAAGGACUGGAAAAAUGAAUUACAAAUGACAAAAUUAUAUAAUCACCAUCUUCAUAAAUAUACAAUUUCAGCUAUUAACUGGUAUAGUGUUUUUAUUAAUUGGUUAGAUCAAAGCACGAUUAUAGAAUUAUAUAGCAUAUUAGAAAAAAUAUACCCUAGCAAUUAUAAUUUUUCUGAACGAGAAAUUCGAGCUUGGCAUGCUAUGUUUAAAGCUACGGGAGUGUCGAAUUGGGGAGAAUGGCAAUGGCCAAAUAAUGGUCCUUAUGCUAGUCAUAUUCGUGUACGAGCAUUACCUAAUUUUGGAACAUGGAAAAAUUUUACUUCAGCUCAAAUUGCAAAAGUUACUAAAAUAAUUUUAACUCAACUUGCACCACAAAUAUCCGAACAUUCUACUCCAAAAAAUAAUGCAUCACGUCUUGAUCUUCUUAAUCUGUUACAAAAAGAAAUGUUUUUUGAGACAAUGAAAGAAUUGAAUGAACGAAAAAAUCAUUUACCUAUUAAUGAUAUAGUUCUCGCGUAUACUACUAAACAAUCAUUUGUUUCAAAAUGGUUCUUAUUAGAUACAGGUUGGGUAUUAAAAGAGAAUCAAAAAUAUGGAAAAAAAGGAAGUGGCAAACGAAUAGCACCUAAUGUUUUUGAGUUGUUGAAAGCCAUGUUUAUGGCAGAAAUGUUUGAUGAAUUAUCACAAAUGGCUAAAGAGAGUAUACUUAGUCCUGAAGAAGUUCCAUCAAAGCAAACCAUUCAAUCUUGGAUAGGAUGA